AUGGCACUCAACACUCUGACUACAAGCGCCCGGCGCUUCUCGAAGCGCGUUCUUUGGUCUUACUUUGGGGACUGGAUUGUAAUGGCCGUCAUCCUCGGCCUUGCUAUAGGUUUCCACAACAUCGAUGGCGCAGGGUCGCGGCAUGCGUUCGCCCUGCAAGAUCCUAGCAUCUCAUAUCCUCACACCGAGGAUCUGAUCUCCAACCCAGUACUUUAUGUCACAUCCGUCGUCAUUCCUGGAGUACUCAUCGCAUCAAUCUGCCUAGUCUUCGUGCCAGGCAUCACUGCCACUCGAUCCAUGGCAGCAGGGCCACUGUGGCAAAGAAAGCUGUGGGAGGUUCAUGCUGCGUGGCUUGGGCUGGCACUUGCCUGCCUAUCGGCUAUUGCUAUCACUAAUGGACUCAAGCCCUUGGCCGGCAGACCUCGUCCGCACCUCCUCGCCGUUUGCGACCCAGACCUGUCGACCGAAGCCAUUGACAGGUGGAGAGUGGGAGGUCUCGGGACAGACCUGAACUCAGCAGUACCCAUCGUUGUCUCAUGGCACAUCUGUCGCAACACCGAUGCGAGCGAGAUGAGAAAUGCUUUCGCCAGCUUCCCCUCUGGUCACGCGAGCACCAGCUGGUCUGGCCUGCUCUACCUCUCGCUCUUCCUGUGUGCCAAGUUCGGCAUCAAGAUCCCAGUACUGCGCGUGCCAGCAAUUAGCUCGCAGUCACGGGUUCCAACUCCACGCAACCAAGGUGCCGCACCACCAGCAUACCUCAUAUUGCUCGCGUUUGUACCAAUUGGUGUGGCUUUCUUCAUCUCGGUCUCCCGCUGGUUCGACUACCGCCACCACGGCUUCGAUAUCAUUUCUGGCGCAAUCCUAGGCGUUUUCACUGCUUGGAUCAGCUUCCAUCUCUACCAGGAACCCAUCUCGACUGGCGAUGGCUGGGCUUGGGCAUCCCGGAGCAGGAGACAUGCUUUUGGUCUGCCCGUCGGAUCCACAUCUGAUGCUGAAGACAAUGUAUGGGACGAGUCCUCGCCUUCACGAAGCAAAGACGGUCCGAGCACAGACGUCGAAAGCAACCCUCGUCAGUCACCUGAGCGAUUCGAGAUGAAUCGCGGCCGUCAAGGCUGGCCACAAGGCAAUCAGAGUGCACCAGCGGAAGUCUGA